AUGAAUGAGGAGUUUCAUAAAGAUGGAGGUGCUGGAGGUGGCGGAGAAAAUGGCAAUGUGAUAGUUAUGUCAACUUUGGUUGACCCAACUACAACUACUUCAUCAUCAAUGGAGGGGAAGACAGACUGUGUACUUGAUCACAUUGGACCAACACAGACCUUGAGCCAUAUUACCAAGGCAAGACCAUUGAAGAGAGCAUCCAAGAUGAUUAGGAUUGCUAAUAUGAUGAACAAACCAACCCUUGCAUCAUCAACUUCAACUACAUCUUCAAACGAGAUGGCCGACUCAACACAACAAGAGACUAGUGCACCAAUGAUGAAGGAAGAGAUUAUGAUGCCAGAAGAGACUAAAGGUCAGGAGUCGACACCUGCUCAAGUUAUCAUAGUUCAGCCAGAAAUUAUUGAGGUGAAGUCACAGCCACAGCCACAGAUGGUGGAAGUGAAACCACAAGUUCAAAUGCAACAGCCAACUCAAAAGAUAAAACCAGUUCCAGCGUCAAGACCAUUGUCAACAAUGAUGCCAACACACAUGGAGACUGACAAGAAGGAGGUCAAGGCGGCAACAGAGACUGUGGUGGCUAAUCAAUCAAUACCUAUGGCCAUGGAGGAGGACCAGGAGAGGAAGGAGGCCGAGGAGGGGGAGCAGGUCGAGCCAGAGGAGAAGACAGAGAAGUUCAUUCCAAAGGGUGCGGUCAACAUAUUCGGCGAUGCCAAGUUCAAUCCAACCAACGUUGUCCUUAAGAAGACAGUGUCGAAGAGAAAGGAGAAUCCUGGUGUCGAUGGUCCUGACUCAACAGCGGCCGCCGCAUCCUCUGGCGCUGCCCAGGUUGACUUCCGCUCGCUCCUAAAGCCUUCGGGCACAUCAUCAGCUCCAGUGUGCGAGCAACCGCUGCACCAAGACACAAAGGAGGAGAUCCCAGACAAGACCGCCCAGACUAUCCUCGAGCAUGUCCAUCAAGACUUUGAAGAGUCGGUGGCUGAGCCCGCGCCAACUGCAGUGGAGGUCGAGUAUGCUCCCACCACAGAGAGCUUCAAGUACGAGGACAUUAUUGGCAAGAAGGUGACGGCCAACCUGAUGCCAUCCAAGCUUGAGGCAUACCUUAGCGACGACGAGUUUGCCAAGGUUAUGGAGUGCACAAAAGAUGCCUUCUAUCAGCUGCCUCUCUGGAAGCAGACCAAUCUAAAGAAGAAAGCUGACUUGUAUUGA